AUGUCGAAGCAUACCGUCAGCGACCCAAUCCUCGCGGAAGUAAAAGAGACUCUGCAGACAGGUCGUUGGAAUGAUGCAAUUAAAAAGUUUACUCCUUUUAAAGACGAGUUGUACUGUUGCCGUGAACUGCUACUGAGAGGAGAGCGUUUGAUAGUACCAAAUAGUUUACAAAAACGGGUGCUUCGCCUGGCCCACAUCGGCCAUCCAGGAAUUGAACGGUCAAAGCAACGUUUGCGGUCCAAAGUUUGGUGGCCAACAAUGGAUAGAGACGUGGAGAAAGCGGUACGUACCAGUUUGGACUGCCAAGUAGUUGGGAAAGCGGCACCCCCGGAACCAAUGGCGAUUAGAGAACUACCACAAAAGCCAUGGGAAGAUUUGCAUCUGGAUAUUCUUGGACCUCUGCCUUCAGGAGAAUCGCUGUUGGUGAUCAUCGACCCUUACAGCCGUUAUAAAGUUAUCGAAGUGAUGCGACAAACCACAACAUCGGACAUUAUUGCCAGAUUGCGUCCUCUGUUUAUGAGACUAGGAGUUCCUAAAAUACUGUUGGCAGAUAAUGCAAGGAAUUUUACCAGCAAAGAAAUGGAAGACUUUUGUGGGGAGUUUGGAUUAACGCUGCGUCACACCACGCCAUAUUGGCCACAAGCCAACGGUGAGGUCGAGCGUCAGAAUCGAAGCAUUCUCAAAAUUCUACGGAUAGCGGAACUCAACCAAUCAGACUGGAAGAAAGACUUGGAAGAAUACAACUACGUGUAUGCAUUGACACCUCAUCCGGCGACAGGGUAUUCUCCAGCCGAGAUUCUAUUUGGACGAAAAUUCCGCGACUGGAUCCCACAACUCUCUCAAUCAAGUCAAGGCUUAAAUGACGAAGUAAGAGAUAAUGACAGAAGGUACAAAUUCAAGUCCAAAGUGCACUAUGAUGCGGUGAAAAGAACAAAGGAGUCAAAUUUACGUAUUGAUGAUCGUGUGCUUAUGAAGAACCUGAACCCUGCCAAUAAGUUGACGCCAACUUUCCAUUCAGAGCCAGCACGUGUGGUACAGAAGCAGGGAAAUUCCAUUGUUGUCGAGACACCUGCAGGGCAGAGAUACCGACGUAAUUCGUCUCACCUGAAGAAGCUGCAAACUCAGGAAUGCACCGAAACUGAUCAUGCGGAGGAAGACGAUGUUGAAGAAACUUUAGAGUGGAGUACACCUUUGAACCAGCAGCGAGAAUCGCCUGGAUCGGAAAGUGGCAAACGUACACCAUCGGUUCCAGAGCCUGAUCUGUCCUCAACGAAGAUGAAACGGCAGAUCAGAAAGCCACUUCGGUUCGACGACUAUGUGCUGGAUGAGAUUCAUAAUACGGAGUGA